UUUUUUGUUCACAGUUCGGAAGGUUCCCUUGUUGCCUCCAUGAGGGAGAGUUACCAUUUUAGUGUUAUUUUUCCUGCGUUUACUCAAAUAAAAGUAUCGAAAAAUAAAAAUGAGAAAUAACUAUGAAAUGGGCGCUUAUUCUUUUUUUCACUGAAACGUCUCUUAGUUUUUGCUGGUUAAGUUGUUGUCUAGAAAUUUCUGUUAAUUAAAUUUUUAAGGUUAAUUUUAGUUCCUUUUUAGUGUUUUUAAAUUUAUUAUUGAUGGAUACUUCAAAUCUUUUACUUUGUUACAACAAGGGAUGUGGAGCUAAAUUUAAUCCUGAUGAAAAUAAAGAAGAUUCUUGCAUUUUCCACCCUGGGCCGCCCUAUUUUCAUGAUGCUUACAAAAUUUGGAAGUGUUGCAAUAAAAAAAGCACAGAUUUUAGUACUUGGCUGAGUUUUGAAGGAUGUACUCGUGGACCUCAUAAUCCUGAUAAACCUUGCAAUGAUGUUCCUAAAGUUUUGCCUUCACAGCCUGAAGUUGAAGAAAAGAUGAUCGUCUGGAAUGGAUUAAACAAACCUGCCGAACGAUCUGAAGCCCACAAUCGAGAAAGAGUUUCACUUUCUAUGCAAAUGACAGAGACUUCCCGGAAAGCAUUAGAAAAUGAAUUACAACGAAGGAAAGAAAAUACUUAUAAUGGCCCCGAAACAGAUUUACAAGAAUGUUUACACCAUCCAGGCAAUGCAAUAUUCCAUGAGGGAAUGAAAUUUUGGUCUUGUUGUGAGCGCAAAACUACCGAUUUUGGAGCUUUUCUUGAUCAACUGGGAUGUUCUAGAGGAAAGCAUUGUUGGACUAAACAAAUUGAUCAAACAGAAAAUCUUCGAGAAGAUUGGUUUCAGCGAAAUGGACAAAUUUUAAUUUCAAUUUAUUGUAAAGGAGCGAUAAUUGAAGGGACUAAAAUUGACACAGAUGGACUCAAUUUAAAGGCUAAAAUUAAAUUUAAUUUUGGAGAUAAAGAAACUUUACGAGAAUAUGAACUUUUUGGUGAAAUUAUUCCUUCUGAGAGCAUGGUUUGAUUUUUUAAAAAUGUUUUUAAAAAUUAGAGUUUGGGGUUAAUGAGAGGAUGCACUUCGUCUUUAUAGUUUCUGAACGAAUAGUAGUCCAAUUUUUGUAGUCUUUAUAUUGUUUGGAUAGGAAUGUUGCAGGGCUAAGGUUUCUUCUGCUUCCGGUUUUGCCUAAUUUAGUCAUUUUUGGUUUUCCAAUUUUAUUUCCUCC